AUGGCCAAUGAUACUAACCUAGACCCGGGCUCAAGCCCGGAGCCGACGGUUCCAGCUCAGCCUUUGCCAGCAGAAGGUCCCCUAGAAGUUGACGAUGAUGAUGCCCUUGAUCGUGACUCCACUUACAAUCCCUCAGAGGGCUCUGUCAGCGAAACUUCUUCGAUCAAUUCGAGCAUUCUGGACUACAGAUACAAGAACGGGCGGCGGUACCACGCAUUCCGCGAGGGUGCGUACUUUGUUCCUAAUGACGAAGAAGAGCAAACGCGGAUGGACCUGGUUCAUCAUAUCUACUCCCUGAUUCUCGAUGGCAGCCUUUACCUGGCACCCAUCGGUGACAAUCCUCAACGUGUCUUGGAUUUAGGAACUGGCACUGGUAUCUGGGCGAUAGACUUUGCCGACGAUUUUCCAUCAGCCGAAGUUCUCGGCACUGACCUGAGUCCUAUUCAACCCGAGUGGACACCACCCAACUGCGCUUUCGAGGUGGAUGAUUUUGAAGCUGAAUGGCUAUACCACACUCCCUUUGACUUUAUCCACACACGGGAACUGGAAGGAUGCAUCAGCGAUGACGACCGAUUUUUCCAACAGGCACUGCGUCACUUGGUCCCUGGUGGCUACAUAGAGAUGCAAGCUGUCGCUGCUCCUUUCUUAUCUGAUGACGGAACAGCGGAAAAGGCUGUCAACGCACAGCUGUGGCUAAAGACUCUUUGCGAAGGAUCUGCCAAGUUUGGAAAACCGAUUGAUUGCGCCCCCAUGUGGAAGGCCAAAAUGAUAGCAGCAGGAUUUGAAGGCGUGCAAGAGGAAAUACGCAAGAUGCCCCUCGGCGCGUGGCCCAAAGAUCCAAAGCUGAAGGAGAUUGGCAAGUUUCAGGCUAUCCAGGAAGCCCAGGCAAUCGAGUCGUAUACACCUCAGAUAUUUUCCAGCGUUCUUGGGUGGACUCAAGAGGAGAUACAGGUCUUUAUGGCAAAGGUCAAAAACGAGAUCAAAGAUCCUAGCAUCCAUUUGUAUCUUCCUGUUCACUUUCUCUGGGGAAGAAAACCUAGACUGUAG